CUCUCUCUCUCACUCUCUUUCCCUCUCUCUCCUAGCCUCUGAAGGGGGAUAGUAUUCACCCCUAAAACUAAUUAGGUCAUCUCCCAGCUCUGCCUCAGAGCUCUCCUUGCCUUCCUCUCUCACAGCAACCCAGACUUUACUCUUGUUUGGACCUCCUUCUUUCUUGAUACUUUAGCCCCUCUUUUCUGACCAUUUUUUGUUUGUCUAUUUGUUUGUUUUUUGCUCUUUUUAUUCUCAUCCCCGUUUCUUUUUGACUCUGGUGUCUACAUCCGGUCCCAUGUCUCACGGGGUGAUUCGGUCAGAUGUGAAGAGCCCAUUGGGUGUAAGCACGGACCAUGGCUUGGGGGGUGAAGGCCAGGGAGUUCCCCCUCUGCGCAACUACCUGGCCCUCACAAUCUUCACCUGCUUCUGCCCGGCCUACCCAGUCAACAUCGUGGCCCUGGUGUUCUCUGUAAUGUCCCAGAGCAGUUACGAUGAAGGGGACUAUGAGGGCUCGCAGCGACUGGGCCGCAAAGCCCUCCACCUGGGCGUCGCCUCCAUCAUCAUCGGCCUAGUACUCAUCGCCAUCUACUGCAUUGUGCACUUCACCACGCAUGUUGUCUGAUUUUGGGGGGAACACAUGCUGAACCUGAAAGAUCUGAAGAAGAGAGCUGACCCUCUUCAGGCAGACAAACGGAUUCCCUCGCAAUCUAUGGGCACCCGGACAGAAAAUCAGAGCAUCUGUUCUCCAGAGCCACCACCACUUUUUCUUUUUUGAAUCAAUCCCUUUUUCAAAAUUCAGUUCCUUAACAGUCUAUAUUUCCCAGAUUCACAUGUGUCUGUAGAAGGAUUCAGUGAUGAUAAUCAUUUCUUUACCAGCAUAUACAUGAAAAAAAUGUAAAAGGCCCAGAAUUCAGGGAGAUUCUACAUUAAGAUGUCUUAACACACCGUCCUUGUACGUUAAUCUGUGUAGGACCGUGUACUGACUGCCACAAAACACAGCAGAUGAACACAGUUUUUCUCACAUUUUUGAUGGCAGUAUAUUUGUGAGGGUAUCAUGUAACUUUGAAUACCGUAGUUCAUUUAUCACAGUUUUCUGACACAUUGUAUACAUUUUAGAAACUUAAGCUGAUUUAUUAUUAUCAAGAUGUGAGUUUUAUACGUUAAGCUUACAGACAGGACGCUGACAUUUUGAUCAGAUUUUAAUUCAAAUGGAUUAGUAAUCAAACUCCACUGUUCUGUAAGAUAUAAGAUAGUCAAGAAUACAAGUAUAUAAUUUAUACAUCAGAAGUAGGAUUUGAGGUGCAGAAAUGAGUAACAUUAAUUGUUUCUUCUGUGUGUGUGUGUGUGCGUGCGUGCGUGUGUGUGUGUGUGCACGUGUGCACAUGUGGGUGCAAGUUUAGUACUGGUAAAAACAGAUUUAGAGAGAGGUUUUCAUUAGGGCUACCAUGAGAAGGUGGGGAACGGAGUCCCUCCACUCGUACCCUCGUUAACUGGCCUCUGGAUUCUAAGUUCAUGAAGAGGGCCCAGCUUAGCGGGUAUGAAGAAAUUCUACGUUAUUAGUUCACCCCUGCUGCUGAAGUUCUGCCGAAAGCACAUAAACACACUCUUUGCCCCUUCAAAACACACAGGCAUGUUUCUUAAAACCGCAGGCCGCCAUGUCUGUCACACGGCCUUCCCCCUUUUUACAGGCUUGUGUUCUUGCAUACUCUGAAAAGGUGUGCGCUACUGGUAUUGCACUUUCCUGUUGGAGGGCGUGGAGCUGGUUCCCCUGUAUUGGGCCAUUAUGUACUCCCGUAAUUCCCCAACGUUUGGAAGCUGGGCACAUAGCUUAAGCGUCCUUACAUGGUGUUUAACAUCAGAACAAAGGUGGUGGUGGAAAGGACAUAUAGCCUUUAAUUUGAUAUAAUUAAUUGUUAUAAUUAGUGUUAGAUAUUGUGCAAUUUGAGACAUGAGUAACACUAUCUCUGAGCUGAUGGGUAUUGAUUUUGAGUUCCCAUUAGGCCCUUAUCAUUCAUGGUUUAUGCUCGAAUUAAGAGCCCCUACCUUUUCCAGUAAUAUAUUGCUGUAAUGGUUCUUAUCUGGUGCUUGAAGAGCAAACAUAUUGGUUGAGAAGUUAUUGGUCUGCUGCCCAAAAUAUAGAAACACUGACUGUACAGCCAUCUUGGUAAUACCAAAGUGGCAAAUGGGAGCAAAAACACUGAUCAUAAGGUUUUAAAAUUACGAUCACACUAAGUAAACAUUUUGAAAAUCACAAGCUUGUAUGGUGACUGCUACCUUUUCAAGUAAAAAAAUUGGAUCAGAAUUUUUUAACGUGCAUAUUUCUUAGACCUGAUGGUCUUUCCAAAUACAAAAAUUGGAGGAGUCCAUCUUUGUCAAAGAAACUGACACCCUGAUUCUCCAAAGGACUGGGAUUGUGCAAAGAUAAACUCUUUCUUGGGUGCUCAUGAUGGUCUGGCUCACAGACUUUGGACUCCAUCAUCAGUUUGGAUGUCAGUUUGGUGAAAGGGUAUCCACUUGCUCUAAUCUGGAAGAACUGCCAGGACUGACCGGCCCUUUGGGCCUCAGUAAUAAUCAUCAGUCUCAAAUGUAUUUGCUUUUUAUGUGUCCCAUAAUUAUACCUGCCAUAUAUGUAUGCAUAGUUGAUUAUUCAUUUGUUUAUGAAGCCAAUUGCUGUUGUAUUUGUGACUAUAUGUAUUGUAAGAUAUUAGGCAGUGAUUACUGAUUUAAAGAAUUUGUACAAAUGCCAUGUAUU